CACGGGUCGCAGCUUUUCCGUCAAGCUUGUUUUGGAUUGGAGCAAACGACAGAGCUUCAGAAAGAGGCUGGCGCUGGUCAGAUGGCACUCCAUUUGCUUUUCUCAACUGGGAUGACAUGCAGCCAGAUAACAGUGGUGACUCAGAUUGUUCAGUGAUGUCACAGAAAACUGGCAAGUGGGAUGACGUGCCCUGUCAGAGCAGAAAUGCGUACAUCUGCAAAAGGAAAG